CACACAACAACACAUACAUCUUUCUCUUCUUUUCUUCCAAUCCGUAAAAGGCCAAUAACCUUUUUCUCUUCUCUUCUUCUCUUUCCCCAAAGCCCAAAGCUCAAUCUAAUAUGAAAUGAAACCUUUCAACAACUCUUUCUUCUUCUCACUCUCUUACAACUUUUGUCCAACACUUUGAGACCAGCGGCAUUCCCAGGCGCUUCAAUGGCCGCUGCCGCCGUCUCUUUCUCACUCCUUCCUUCUUCUUCACUCACCUUUGUCUCCGACCGUCCCCACCUUGUUAUUUCAUCAACAACUUCUCUCUCUUCUUCUUCUUCUUCUUCCUCAUCUUCGUUCUUGUCCCACAAAAGCUUAAUUUCCCUUCAUUCGAAGCUUUAUACGAGAAGGGUCUGUGGUAAACGCGGAUUUGGGUCCGUGAUUACUGCUUCUGGGGACUAUUAUGCCACUCUCGGUGUUCCCAAAUCUGCCUCCGGUAAGGAAAUUAAGGCUGCUUAUCGAAAGUUAGCUCGACAGUACCAUCCUGAUGUCAACAAGCAACCUGGAGCAACUGAGAAGUUUAAAGAAAUCAGUACUGCAUAUGAGGUGCUAUCAGAUGAUAAAAAGCGAGCUUUGUAUGAUCAAUAUGGAGAAGCUGGGGUUAAGAGCACAGUAGGAGGAGGAUCAAGUGCUUAUACGACUAAUCCAUUUGAUUUAUUCGAGACAUUUUUUGGACCGAGUAUGGGUGGAUUCUCUGGUAUGGACCAAGGUGGAUUUGGAACACGCCGUCGUAGUACUGUUACUAAGGGUCAAGAUAUACGAUAUGAUAUCACUUUAGAAUUUUCGGAGGCUAUAUUUGGAGCAGAGAAAGAAUUUGAACUUUCUCAUCUGGAAACAUGUGCAGCUUGCACUGGAACUGGAGCAAAAUUAGGCUCCAAAAAUAGGAUAUGUUCGACUUGUGGUGGGAGGGGUCAAGUUAUGAGAACUGAGCAAACACCUUUUGGAAUGUUUUCCCAGGUUUCUGUAUGUCCAACUUGUAGUGGAGAUGGUGAAGUCAUUUCGGAAUACUGUCGAAAAUGUUCAGGCGAAGGACGCAUUCGAGAGAAGAAAAACAUUAAAGUUAAAAUUCCACCUGGUGUUAGUACGGGCAGUAUUCUGAGAGUUGCUGGAGAGGGUGAUGUUGGACCAAAAGGGGGCCCUCCUGGAGAUCUUUUUGUAUAUCUUGAUGUGGCAGAGAUUGCAGGAAUUCAAAGAGAUGGGAUAAACCUCAAUUCGACAAUAUCCAUCAGUUAUCUUGAUGCCAUCUUGGGGACUGUUGUUAAGGUAAAGACGGUUGAAGGAAUGACUGAACUUCAAAUUCCACCAGGUACCCAACCCGGGGAUACUCUCGUUUUGUCAAAGAAAGGUGCACCAAAAUUAAACAGACCAUCAAUACGUGGUGAUCAUCUGUUUACAAUUAAGGUCUCCAUUCCAAAUCGUAUUAGUUCCAAGGAGCGUGAAUUGCUUGAAGAACUAGCUUUACUGAAAAAUACCAACACCAGCCGACCAAGAACUCGCCCUCAACCUCGGCCAGCUAGUACUAAGAGUACAGAAAGUCAAGCCGAGAGCAGCGAAGAGAAAAAAGAAGAAUCAGGAGAUCAGGAUGACAUUUUGCAGAAACUAAAGGAUUUUGCCGGCUCUGUUGCAAAUGGAGCUCUAAAAUGGCUGAAAGACAACCUCUAGAGUGGGGUCUUAAUUCAGUGAAUUCAAACAGACAACGGCUCUCCCAACCUUAAAGGAUGCUGAUCUUUUUCUGGUCUCAAUUAAGGGGACUCUGAGGACUGCAGUGGCAGAUAUUUUUUUUUAUAUUUAUAUUUGUCUUUGUAACUUGUAAAUCUUAGAAACCCAACAAGCGAACUAUACUAAAUAGCCAUCAUUUGAUAAUUUGAUAUAUAUGCAUUCAAAUUUUGAAUAGAAA